AUGGACAAGUCUUUUGAGGAAGUUCUUGGAGUCUAUUGUCAGGUAUUAGCAAAUACUGAGAGUGGCCAAACGCAACCACCUGAAUCAUCCCUUCAACCGAUCCGAUUAAUCGUUUCACGACCAGUGAGCAGUGGACAAAACAAAAAUCAAUCCCGAAUAGUAUCAACACGUUCUAUUACUGUACCACAAAGUUCUGUUCUUAAAGAGGCGGCUAAACUUGCCGCUGAACAAAGCGAGGAGAGUAGAAGCGCGACUUCAACAUCUGGUUCCAAUCCUAAUAUGGCCACAUUUGCUGAAGGGCCAGAGAAUGCCUUCUUUAUUCAUCUCAACCAACAUCCUGCUGAAAGUGAGUGCUAUUUUGGCAUUUUCUGUUGGAUAGUAAACUUUGUCUCUUGA